GUGCCGGCGCCUAUAAGAGCCGGAGCGCUGCGGCCGGAGCCUAUUGUUAGCCGGAGCCGGGGCGGUUCUGGUCUUCUACUGCCAGGGUUCCCCGCGCUGCCGGAGCCACCCGCACCCCUCCGCCUGCUGGCCGGCCUGCCCAUUCACCCUCCCUUUCCGCCCUGCCGCCCUGGGAGCCCUGGGAGCUCCCCGACCGUCGCCGCGGGGCCCGGCACUCGCUCGCUCCUCCCUCCUUCCCUCCCGGGCUAGGGCGGCGGCAGCGGGGGCGGCUGAGACCAUCUCGGGAGGAGGCAGCUGCGGCGGGGCCGGAGGUUGGGGAGACAUUUUAUACUUGUGAAGAUCUAGGUCAAGGGUUUUCCUGACAGCUUAUGUCCUUCAAAAUUGAGAGCCUGGCGCAGUAUUUCCCAAAGUGUGCUGUGAAGAUUAUCUGCCCCCUAACAUACUUUGGAAAUUGUGCAGAACCCUAAUGCACCUGGCCAGCUGGUGGUGAGCAGGGGCUUCCCAAGGAAACCCUUUGAAACCAAUGGAUGCAUUCACGGGCUCGGGUCUCAAGAGGAAGUUUGAUGAUGUGGAUGUGGGCUCAUCAGUCUCCAACUCAGAUGAUGAGAUCUCUAGCAGCGACAGUGCUGACAGUUGCGACAGCCUCAAUCCUCCUACAACUGCCAGCUUCACACCUACAUCCAUCCUGAAGCGGCAGAAGCAGCUUCGGAGGAAGAAUGUACGCUUUGACCAGGUGACUGUGUACUACUUCGCCCGACGCCAGGGUUUCACCAGUGUGCCCAGCCAGGGUGGUAGCUCUCUGGGCAUGGCCCAGCGCCAUAACUCUGUACGCAGCUACACACUCUGUGAGUUUGCCCAAGAGCAGGAAGUGAACCAUCGAGAGAUUCUUCGUGAGCACCUGAAGGAGGAGAAACUUCAUGCAAAGAAAAUGAAGCUGACCAAGAAUGGGACAGUGGAGUCGGUGGAGGCCGAUGGCCUGACGCUGGAUGACGUUUCAGAUGAAGACAUUGAUGUGGAAAACGUGGAGGUGGAUGAUUACUUCUUCCUGCAGCCUCUGCCCACCAAACGGCGACGGGCCCUGUUGAGGGCUUCUGGGGUUCACCGAAUUGAUGCUGAAGAAAAGCAAGAACUUCGAGCCAUCCGCCUUUCUCGAGAAGAGUGUGGUUGUGAUUGUCGACUGUAUUGUGACCCAGAGGCGUGUGCCUGUAGCCAGGCUGGGAUUAAAUGCCAGGUGGAUCGCAUGUCCUUUCCGUGUGGCUGCUCCAGGGAUGGCUGCGGGAACAUGGCUGGGCGCAUUGAGUUUAAUCCAAUCCGAGUCCGGACUCAUUACCUCCACACCAUCAUGAAGCUGGAGCUGGAGAGCAAGCGGCAGGUGAGCCGCCCGACGGCCCCAGAGGAGGAGCCCUCACCUGCCGCGGGCUGCAGCCUGACAGGGGCCCAGGACUCUGAGACCCAGGACUUCCAGGAGUUCCUCGCUGAGAAUGAGACUGCGGUGAUGCACCUGCAGAGUGCGGAGGAACUGGAGCGGCUGAAGGCUGAGGAGGACUCGAGUGGCUCCAGUGCCAGCCUGGACUCGAGCAUGGCGAGCCUGGGGGUGUGUAUCCUGGAGGAGCCGCUGGCUGUUCCCGAAGAGCUGUGCCCAGGCCUCCCCGCCCCCAUUCUCAUCCAGGCACAGCUACCCCCAGGCUCCUCUGUCCUGUGUUUCGCUGAGAACUCGGACCACCCGUCGGCCUCGACGGUGAGCAGCCCACCCUACUUGAACAGUGGGCCCCUGGUCUUCUACCAGGUGGAGCAGAGGUCAGUGGUGGGAGCGAAAGGAGAGCCUGGUAGAGAAGAAGGCACAGCCCCUUUCCCCAAGGAGAAGGACCUCAACGUCUUCUCUCUCCCUGUUACCUCACUGGUGGCUUGCAGCCCCACAGACCCAGCUGGCCUCUGUAAAUCAGAGGCGGGAAAAACACCUACUCUAGGAGCGCUGUUGCCGGAAGAUUGUAACCCCAAGGAGCCCGAGAAGGAAGACUUCCACCCUUCUUGGUCCCCCUCGAUCCUCCCCUUCCACAGGGACAGUGAAGAGGGACGCGGGCCGGAGAAGAGUUCCCGGCAGGGGGAGGACCGGCCCCCUGAAGAGUCUGCCCUAGAACUCCCUCUGGUGGUGUGACACGGUGGUAGAGAUAGGGCCUCUCCUCCACUUUCUAUUUAUUCCCCUAUUUUAUCUAAUGCCACUUCAAGACUGUAGAAGCAGCUGCUGCUCCCACGUUAUUUUAUUGGGGUCUUUGGGAGGAGUGGGUGGGAAAGGAUUGUUUGUACAAGUAUUUUUUAAAAGGGAAACAGUACCAAGGAGACCAGCUCCAGCUCGACCUGGGGAUAGAGUCUUAAAGGCGGCUGCACAGUGCCCAAUACUGGGCUUUCUGGGCCAUCAGAACAAAGAGGUAGGAUCUCACAGGAGGAGCUGGGUAAUUCAAGCAGCUAUUCUUUAUGUAGGGACCAGAACACAAGAAUUUGAACAGCAUGGCAAAGCCCUUGCUCUCCUGGGCUCCAGAGAGGGCACGAACUCAUUUGCCUCUGGUUAUUCUAAUACUCCAUCUUGGUGUGUCUUCAUCAUGCAGUUGCCAAGAUCACCUGGCAGGAUCUAGAGAGGAGGGCUAGAAGCGUCUCUGCUUCUAUACAGAACCUCCAGAAUUUCUAAAAAUUUAAACCUGCCUUCCUCUGACCCCUAUUUGGUAAAUAAGUUAAUAUUUGACAUGUUUGGUGUUCUCUGACCAGCUCCCCACACUGGGGAUUCCUGGUCUGUAACUUGAAUUACUGUAUUUCUUUCACAUGCUUUUAGGUACUAGAGUUUAACUUGUCUGUCUUCUUUUUCUCUAUCAUUUUUUCCUUUGAAGAAAAAGAGCUAACUUGGCUGGGGAUGUGGUAUAAAGAGCCCAAGGCUUCUGCUUUUAUCUUAACACUAGCUCCGUUGGGUAGCUUCAGGCGGGUCUCACCCAUCUCACAGGAGCCCAUACAGAGCAUUAACUAUGUCCAAAGGAGGCCACAGGAACAGCCUGUUGUCUGGAGAGAUGAUUUGAUUGGUGUCAUGUUUGCUUUUUCAUCCAACCCCCAACCAGCCCCCGCCCCAAGAUCUGAGCUUUAAAUGGAACAUAUGAUAUGGCAAUCUAAGGACACCUACUAGUUUGUUGGGUUUUUUUUUUGUAUCUAUCCUCAUGAUCCUUUUUGGAUAUACAGGGUUAGAGUUCUUACACUAUUCCAAUUCAACUCCAAGAAUUGCACAUAUUUACUGGACCUCCUUCAUCUUAACAUAGAUAUUGGAAGACAAACCGAUUAUUAAAAUGCCAUACAACUCCCAAGUUCCAAAGGAUUCAUAAUCUGAUUGUAGCCUUGGAAAUGUAUAGGAUGGAACUCAAAUUCUGUCCUUACCUUUGUCAGUGGUUCCUGUUCCUCUUAUGUCUAGCUUAUGUUUCAAGAUCUGCUUCACUGAACUCCACUGAUUUCUUUUUAUUGGCAUAGAUUAUCUUUGCCUGUUUGAAAUGGACACAGUAGGGAGCAAAACACUAUUCUCUAGCAUAUACCAUGUUUCACUUCCAGUAUGAUUUAUUAACCAGGAAUGAAAAGAAUAAAAACUUUUUUUGGUAGGGGAGAUAACUGUUCAUUCCUAAUUGCUCAUAAACCCUUUUCUUAUGGGAUAGUUAAGGCUCUGGUGUCUUAAAGCAACCCCUAUCUAUUUGUCAGCAGCAUUUCACCUAUAAAAUCUGAGCCUCAAGGGCUUUGUAAUACAGAUACAUGUUUUAAUCCAUUCCGCCUUUCCUGUUCAUUCCUGUUUUUGUUUGGUUUUAUGUUAGAAAGGGAGUUCUCAAUUAGGUGCAUAGGUCUAUAUCUCUCCCCUCCCCCCAGGCUCAUAAAACAGAGUUGAGGGUACCUGAGAUUUAGAUAAUUCUUCCAAACUGAGUAACCCUCCCCCUCCUUAGACGGGACUCUCAAACACAAGAUUGAAGCUUCCCUCGGAAUUCAGCUCCAUGGAGAAAAGACUCUGAAAAUUUGUUGGAAGGAAAAGGAAGCUUUACAAAUUCUCUCCUUAUGAAGCGCCAGCUUAAUUUAGUGGGCAGAUUCCAACUGCUCAAUAAGAAAGACAUUAGCCUUUGGGAUCCAAUGAAAUUGUUUGCAAUUAUUAAACUCAUUGCCAACCCACAAGAUAUUUGAUAUUUCUGUAAAACUCCACUUUCUAAGCCCAUCCCUUCAUUAAAUACAGUUUUGAUGCACUAACUCCAAACUUCAAAUGCUAAAUGUUAGCAUUUAGCAUUAACUCUUGUCAAGCAAAGGGCCUUUUCUACAACCAAGUCCAUCUCAUUUCUGGUGCUACCUAAAUGGGACAAAAUUAUAGCUCAUGGUUGUUAGAAAAGGUAGACCUCUGACCAUAGAAAUGGAUUGCUUCAGGCCCACUCAAUCUAGGCCUAGAUAAAAGAAAUGAAGCUUAUUACCAGCUUUCUCACAUACUGUAUACAUAAGUAGUAUUUUCAAUGUGAAUCCAAAGCUUGUCUGGUUCUCUGAAAACAAUUAUUUCCCCUUUAGGUUCUUUACAUUGUGAUAAUGCCGUAUUUAAAGAGAAUAUUUAAAUGUAAUAUUAAAGAAAUAUUCAAAAGAA